GCACCUACUCUAUUCCGAACUUAAAAAUGGAAAGUGUAAUGCUGAUGGUCAACAAAAUAGGUUUAAAGACUCUCUUAAGGCAAAUUUUAAAAUGUAGUAUAAACACCGACAACUGGGAAACACUGGCCUGCGAGCACUCCAGUUGGAGAACAGUCUUUACCAAAGGUGUCAUGGGCUUUGAAGACGCUCAAACUCAGGACGAAAGGGAGAAACACGCUAAGAGGAAGGCAUGCUUGGUGAACCCUCACUGUGAUCAACUCCCACUGGAAAACCCAUGUCCCCCCUGUGGAAGGACAUGUGGAUCCAGAAUUGGCCUCCACAGUCAUUUACGGACUCGCUGUUAAAACCGAGUUCAUAGAAGACAAUCUUACUACGAGUGAUUGCCAAAGAAGGAGGUGGUGUUGGUGUGGGAAGGAUCACUGUGAAUAGCAAGGGGGGGCUUCACCAGUCUAUUGGUUCGAGGUGCUUUCUGGGUGCUUAAUUUGGCAGUAGAUGUUGUUGCAGGGUUGUCAAUCUGUGAUGUGUGGGUUUAGCUGAGGCUGGUUUGUAGUCUUGUGUUCUGUGUUGAGUGGUACUUGACUGUCUUGGUUUGCAUUGCCAUGUCGUUUCUGUUAUUCCUUCUUUCUCUUUUGACUGUCGUUCAAUCAUUAGCUGCAUUUUCGUCUUGGUUGUCGUUCGGUGGGUCAGAUGGCUGCCAUUCUGGUGGAAGGUUAAGUCUGAGGUUCUCCAUAAGUUGCAGGGCUUCAGGUGUGUUACUGCCAGCUCCUCGGAACAUCACGAUCCUGUCCACUAAUAUGAAGCACUUUCUAGUAUGGAGCCCAGUGAUGGUGCCUGGAGAAGCUGUAAAAUAUUCCGUCGAGUUUCAAGGAGAAUAUGAAAGAGACUAUGCCAACGACAGCUGGAUUCCCAUUGGAGAGUGUACGGGCAUUAGUGUUACGCAAUGUGACAUCACAGAAGACAUUUCUGCCACUGUGCCAUACGAUCUACGUGUCAGGGCAGGUGUGGGGACCCAGGCUUCGCACUGGGCCACUCUCAGUAGCUUCUUCAAUCGUGUCACAACCUCCCUCAUUCCACCUAUGUUGACCGUCACAGCUGAUGGAUAUCAUUUGCUAGUGGAACUUGAGCGUCUAGGACCUGCCUUUGAAUUCUGGAUAUAUUACUGGAAGAAGGGCCAAGGGCACAAGGUGUAUCGCAAAGUGGUGAAAGACAGCAGCACUACCUUACAUAUGGACACCAUGGAAGCUGGUACUGAAUACUGUGUUAAAGCCCAGACCUAUGUUGAAGCCAUAAACCGGAGCAGCAAUUUCAGCCAGGUGCAGUGUGUGAGGGCCGAAGCAGGCAAAGCCAUAUUGGUCACCUUUGCCCCACUCUUCUUGGUUAUCUCUGUUGUGGCUGUUUUGGCCCUUCUUUGGGUUGCCUGGAAAACAUGUCAGAUCUGCCAGUAUUCCUGCUGCCCGAAUGAGAACCUGCCGGACACUUUGAAAGUAACAGAAUCACCUGCUAGGCUACUAAAUUACAGGGGAGAGGAGACGGAGAAAUGUGAUGAGUCUGUGCAAGUGCUACCCCCCGAAGAGCUUCUCCGCUUGUGGAUUCAUGAAACUCUUUAAUAUCACACCAAGGACACAAUCUGCAAGAUGAGACUGCAGUGCUGCUCUCCUUUUUGCCUCUCCGAGUAAGGCACACACACACACACGUAGCUUUCCUCUCCUAACAACACAAAGACAGAAAAUUGAGGAUUUGCUUUCUUCAAAGGGAAAGUCAUCAUGUGGCCAGCAAGACGGGUUCCCGCGCUGAGGGUUUCACAGAGAGGGCUGGAGCCGACCCAUUCAUCCUUGUUUAACAGAGAACAGCAGCCAAGCUCAUUGAUAGCCACAGAGGCUGUGAUCCUAGCUGCUUGUCAUCAUCUGCUUAGCUGAGAGUUAAAGACCUUGGGCUGAUUACAAUGUGCUGGGUUUGCUUUUUAACAUAAAGGUGCAGUGCUAGAAGGAGAUGCAAUUCAAAUCCAUGUUGAUUUUGCAGAACAGGAACAAGGAGCAGCAGGUUCGAAUUCAGUGACGGACUGUAGCUUAGCGGUAGCAGCUAGAGCACAUGUUUUGAGUCAGAAGGUUCUAACUUCCAACAUCUGGCACCUCUAUUUAAAAGGAUCAGUUAGAAGAUGGUGUGAAAAAUCCUGAAUGCCAGAGGAGACAAUACUGGAAAAGACUGACCUGGUACAAGGCAGCUUCCUAUGUUCCUUCUAGUCAAAGAUCUCACCUGAAUAAAUAUUUUUCACAUAUUUUUCAAUCAUAGCCCUAAGCUACGGUUAACCUCAACUCUGGGAUUUUUGUAAUAAGACAGUUUCUUAAACUACAGUCUCAAGUUAGCUUAUUUUCAAGGUCGUCUUAAGCAUAUGUGGCACCGGGGUGCAAAGAUCCCAGAGUUGUCAACCUUUUUGGGGGGGGACCCCUUUUUUAAGGAAAGGUUCCCCAGGGUUGUCAAUCUUUUUUUAAGGGGGCUGACACCAUGCUUAUCUCUGAUCAGAAAAAGAAAACAGGAAACGUAAGGAGCCCAGCGCAACAAACCAGCCCGAGGCAUCGGCAACUGAGCGAAGCCGGGUGCCCUGUGGUGUAAGCAGUGUGCACUGGGCGGGCCUCUCCAUGGCCCUACACCAAUCCCAGGCGCGCAGGAGGGUGGAGCCGGCCAUCGCCUCAGUGCCUCACUGGCUGGCUGGCUCGCUCCCAAACUCACAGUGCAGAGCCGCCUGCAGCAGAAGUGCCUGCCACGGUGCUCUGACCGAUGGGUGGGCUCUUUCCCGGACUCCAACUCUCAGGCCCCAGACCCUCAGCCGGGCGCCCCUGAGAGCCCGGCGCCUAUGGUUAAGACGGCCCUGCUUAUUUCAGCACUGCUUAACCACAGAUUGUCAGGUUCAGGCAACGUGAUCAGAGGCAGAGCUAGCUGCUCUGGCACCCGCAGCGAGCGUCCCUGGGGGGGCGCCACCCGCAGCAAUGUCACCCCCGCUCAGGGAUGACACCCGGGGCAAGCCGCACCUAACGCACCCACCCUUCCUCUUCCAGUGAAUGUGAUUUAAUUUUAAAAAAAAAAUAUAAGCAAAAGCUUCCAAAUUCCUCAUGUCUGCACUGGAAGAGAGGUGUACAAGCCUGAGGUUUGUUGAGGCUCCUUGUUACACUCAACUAUGGCUUAGUAUUAUGUUUGAACUAGCUCAAUGAGAGAAGGCCCUCACUUAAUAUAGGCAUUUCAGAAUUUUAUACAGAAUUCAACAACACAUGGGUUGUCUGCCUUGCAUUCGGGAACUACUGUGCUUUUCCAGCUUAGUUCUAAUUUACUGAAAGUUGUUUACUUCCAGUGCCUAAUAUGAUUGGGUUAAACUUGGCCACUUGUUACCGUACUUAAAUGGAUGAAAUCACUUGCUGCGGAACUACAGUAGUUUGCUGCUUGAAAAACAUUCAAUUUCUGGGCCAGGUUUUUAAGUAAGACAUAUAACAAGUUUUGCAUUAUUUUGGUGGUUUUUUUUUUUAACUAUGCAAGGCAUUGGAAGGCUUGAAAAAUAUUUUUAAAUACUGAAACAUGCAGUAUUUUUUUAUGUAGCUACAUGUGAUUACUACUUAAGUUCAUUUCAAAAAGUUACCUUACAAAAGUUGUGGCAUCCCGAGUACUGCAACUCUGUGUAAAAGCCUAUGCAUUCCCUAUGUUGGCCGUAAAAUAUAGACAUAUCUGGAAAGCAAAACAAUGUUUUGCAUGUAUAUUUUAUAGUCCUGAGAUGUGCUAUGCCAGUAAUAGGGCGUGCAGGAAGGUAUCAUGUAACACACCAAUGCUGCUGCAUAGGAUUAGGGUGGGGAGAGGGAAAAGAACACAGAGUACCUACUGGUAAUUAUCUUGGCAUGGAAUUUUAAUGCAGUCCCAACUCAGCCGUACAGCAAAAUCUGACAUAACCAGACUGUGAAGUGAUGAUGUUACAAAACUAAAUUAGGAUUGCCACAUUUUUCCCUGGCAAAACCUAUGACCCUUUUAAGAGCUGAACAAAAAUCUAGAAAUCUAACCAAGUUCUUUACUACUUACCUAUGCAAGGAAAAACUGCAGUGGAAGAAUUUCACAUAACCUUUGUCCAGCAAAAAGACAGAAAUUUAUCAGUUUCAGGGAGAGGUUAAGGGAAACAGUGGUUGUGGCUAAAUAAAAAAAUUCCUUCAGUAGCACGGCUACCUACCUGUAACUAGUGGUUGUGGCUGCUUACUUUCAACUCCUUGCAGUUGUAGUUUCUGUAGUUAGGAAAAAAGAGGAGUAAAAGAUCCUGAGCAGAACCACUGUGAGCCUUCCUCUCUAGUUCAAUAGCUGAUUUUUGAAGGAAUAUAACUUACUGACAACUGGGACGCGGGUGGCACUGUGGUGUAAAGCACUGAGCCUGGGGGUUGCCGAUCAGAAGGUCUGCGGUUUGAAUCCCCACGACGGGGUGAGCUCCCAUUGUUCGGUUCCACUUCCUGCCAACCUAGCAGUUCGAAAGCACAUCAAAGUUCAAGUAGAUAAAUAGGUACUAUUUACUAUUCCCCCUCCAGCGGGAAGGUAAAUGGCGUUUCCGUGCGCUGUUCUAGUUUUGCCAGAAGCAGCUUAGUCAUGCUGGCCACAUGACCCGGAAAAACUGUCUGCAGACAAACGUCUGCUCCCUUGGCCAGUGAAGCGAGAUGAGCGCCACAAACCCAGAGUUGUUCGCGACUGGACUUAACUGUCAGGGGUCCUUUACCUUUACCUUUACCUUACUGGCAAAAGAAGUAGUAUACUUAUUAAAUUUUGUAAUGUUUUUUGGAAACUGGACCUAAUAAAAAACAUAAGCACGGCUUAUGUAGAUUAAUUGCUUGUCACUAGCUAAUCAUAACAUGGAACAUCUGUAUGUAAAUCUUAUCUGUUUGCGUGACUGUAAUGUACAUCUGACCUAUAUCACAAACACAGAAAGCAUAUAAAAUUCAAUGUGGCAUUAUAA